AGUUGUCUCAAUAAAAUGACGGCAGUUCUCGGAGGGACAAAUAGGUGUGCCCAAGACUUUUCGGUGCAGCCGUGUCAAGUGUGCGGUGAUCAUAGUUCUGGGAAGCACUAUGGUGUUACCUGCUGUGAUGGAUGUUCCUGUUUCUUUAAGCGAAGCGUUCGCAAAGGAUCAUUGUACACAUGUAUUGCUGGAAAGAGUAACUGCAUUGUUGAUAGAGCCAGAAGAAAUUGGUGUCCUUUUUGUCGACUUCAAAGAUGCUUAUUCGUAGGAAUGAAUGUUAGAGCUGUUCAAGAGGAAAGAGGUCCCCGCAAUGGAGCUAAGUUGGAAAUGGGAUUUCGGAGAAACAGGUAUAAGAUCCGGUCGUAUAGUGCUGUUGUAUGUGAAAGUUCUGUGCUUUCCAGCAACAUUGUUCCCCAUCAAAUUUUGGCUCAGAUCCUAGUAACCUGCGUCAAACAAGCAAGAAACAACGAACACUUCCGAAUGCUUGAAUCAAGGCAACAGGAUAUCAUUUUAGCAAAUGUAUGGAGUGAAUGUUUUGUAUUAAGUGGAUCACAUUGGCCAUUAGAUAUUACUGGAUUAAUUGAGUCAUGUGCCGAUGCUAAUUUGAAGCAAGUUUUGAAUGACGCUAGAGAUUUACGAGCUGAUAUGAUGGAGUUGAGCUUUUUGCAAACUUUAAUUCUUUGCAGAAAAGAACUUGCAUCAAAUGUUAAAAAUGCUAUUCUUCUCGAAUCUUAUUCAAAUGCUGCUUUAGUAUCACUUGCGCGCUAUUGCACACAUCAAUCGAAUUGGUUUCGAUUUGGAUCUUUGUUGCUUGGAUUGAGAAAUCUUUCGCUAAGAAAAUAUGAAAGCUUUCUUUCUGGAAUGUUUAAAACAGUUGUCAGUGAUAUUUUAAAGAAUUUGUGAAAAAAAUCUUGUCUAAUUUAUUUCCAUUCAAGGAA